AUGACUUUUCCUUGUGUAUUUGCUGAUCUUGAUGGUUUCAUAGGGCUUUGGGAGUUAUGGACUGUUUUCAGACUGUUGUUCAUCAUAAGUUUAUAUUCCUUGCCACAACCUCUGAAGACAGGCUUAUAUGUGGCUGCAGGUUAUUUGUGCUGUCAGUUGUUAUUCUUUAUCUGGUUAUCCAGUUUUCAAGAUGUCGUGGCAGUGCAGACAGUAUUUAACCGAAGUCAUGUUUCUUCAAUGGCAGAGCUAGGCCUGGCUAAUCCACCUACUACUGGGUUUUUUGAUCCCAUAGAAAUAUCACCAGCUGUUAUUCCACAUUACCCAAAUCCUGCAGAUGAACCUUUGGCACCAAUGUACCCAACUUUUCCGACAAGAUAUGAGCCUGUUUUAACUGGGAAAUGUCCUGUAAAUUUCUCUACUAUAUCAAGUGUAAUGGAAAAAACCGCAUCUGAUUGUUCUCAACCCCUAGCAGCACUUGUAGGAAAUGUAAUAUGUUGCCCACAGUUUAGUAGUUUGAUCCGUAUCUUCCCGGGUCUCGAUAGCUUCAAGCCUGAUAAGUUGGUUUUGCAAAAUUCAGUCGCAAAUGAUUGUUUUACAGAUAUCAUCAGUAUCUUAGCCAGCAGGGGUGCAAACAGUACAAUAGCUACACUUUGCUCCAUAAAUUCAUCAAAUCUUACAGGUGGGUCCUGUCCAGUGAAGGACAUUAGUGCCUUUGAUAAAACAGUAAAUACAAGUGGAUUACUGGAGGCCUGCACAACUGUUGAUCCUCUUAAAGAGUGCUGCAGACCAAUCUGCCAGCUUGCAAUCAUGGAUGCUGCACGUCAAAUCUCAGGAAAACAGUUGAUGAUGAAUGAGAACAAAAAUUUAGUGGGUGGGCUUAACUACACUGAUACUCUAAGCGAUUGUAAAGGAGUGGUUUUUACAUAUCUUUCGAGGAAACUCUCGUCAGAUGCUGCGAAUACUGCAUUUCGAAUAUUAUCUGCCUGCAAAGUUAACAAAGUUUGUCCUUUGGAUUUUAAGCAGCCUUCAGAAGUAGUUAAAGCAUGUCGCAAUGUUGCUGCCCCUAGUCCUUCCUGCUGUAGCUCAUUAAACACUUACAUCUCUGGAAUACAAAAGCAAAUGUUGAUUACAAAUAAACAAGCUAUAAUCUGUGCUACAGUGUUUGGGUCCAUGUUGAGGAAAGGCGGGGUAAUGGAAAAUGUUUAUGAGCUUUGUGAUGUUGACUUGAAAGACUUCAGCAUUCAAGCAGCAUAUGGUCAAGAAGGGUGUCUACUUAAAAGCUUGCCUUCAGAUGUGAUUUUUGACAAUGUAACAGGCAUCAGCUUUAUAUGUGAUUUGAGCGACAACAUUGCAGCACCGUGGCCUUCGUCUUCCUCAAUUUCAUCGGUGUCCCUUUGUGCGCCUGAGAUGUCAUUGCCUGCACUACCAACGGCGGAGACUUUUAAAAAUCUUGGUGUGUACCACUAG